AUGCCGCAUUCGCCGCCCAAGACGGUGCUCAUCGUGGUGAACGUGUUGCCUCUUGUGUUCGAGCGCAACGUUUCGUCGUCGAGUGGUUGGGAUGUCUCGUGGGCCACUGGUGCCACUGCCAUGCUGUAUCGCACGCUUGUCAGGGACGCGGACAAGUACUCACCACUGUACAUCGGCUGUCCGGAGGUGUUCGUGGCCAAGAGCGAGGAAGCAGCAUUGGAGAAGAAGCUGCUGGCGCUACGCUGCGUACCCGUGUUCCUGGACCCUCCUGUGGCGCACCGCUACUUCCAGGGCUUCUGCAAGGGCGUGCUCUGGCCUGUAUUCCAUAAUGUGGUGGACGUCUACAACUCAGCCGAGCUACAAUUAGACUGCGAGGAACAGGAAGCUAAGGGGAAAUUCUUGUGGUUCGGAGAAAAGAAAGAGGAGAGCAGUGGCAUUAAGAGUGCCUGGUGUGACCCCGUAUCCUGGAACCCAGCCGCACAGGAUAUGUGCUGGUCGGACUACUGCAGUGUAAACAGGACAUUUGCACGCCGCGUGGUGGAGAGCUACCAUACUGGAGAUCUGGUGUGGCUCCAUGACUUCCACUUCUUGAUGCUUCCGUCCUAUUUGCUACGUCGAUUACGCACUGCAUUAGUGACGAUGUAUCUUCACGUACCGUUCCCUUCAAGUGAAAUCUUCCGUUGUCUUGCCAUGCGCACGGAGAUUCUUCGUGCGAUGCUGUGUGCCGAUCACAUUGGAUUUCUCGUUUUCGAGCACGCGAGGCAUUUUCUUACGAGCUGUAAACGGUUACUGGGACUGGACUACAAGACAUGUCCGAACGGGAUGCUGGUCAUUGAGUAUAACGGACGCAAGAUCCACAUUUCCUGCUCACAUGUGGAACCGGAUGUGACGCAUUUGCACGAAAUGCUUGACCAGAAUGUAGCUGAUGUGAAUGGCGCCGCAUUGGACUUUGCUGCUGACGUCAAAAACGCUAUCACGGCAGGAAGAGAUCCAGAUCAGCGCCGUAUUGUUAUUGGCUCAGUCGAUCGCUUGGAAGGACUUACAGCUAUCCCAUUGAAGCUACGUGCGUUUGACCGUUUCUUGGCUACCCACCCGGAAAAACGUGGAUCUGUUGUACUCGUGCAAAUCGGAAUUACCCUCGACUCAAGGCCAAACGACUACCAUCGCACACGUGACAACGUCCUGAAGUUUACGGAGGAAAUCAACCGCCGGUAUGCGCCACCCGGAGGAGUCGUUGUUUACUUCGAAGAAAAGAGGAAGACCACGUGUGCUGAACGAGUUAUUCUAUGGCGAAUGUGUGAUAUCUAUCUCGAUACCUGCGUCCGUGGAGGACUGUCAUUGCUCCCAUUCGAGUACAUGAUUGCGCAGCACCGUAAUAUUCAGAGCAAAUCGAGACAUUCUACAGGUUGGAGCAGCCCAAGAGGAAAUCUCGACGUUAGUGGCUUAGAUCGUAGCUUUGGUCUAAUGAUUGUUUCAGAGUUCAGUGCCUACAGCCGUAUAUUGAGCGGCAGUUUGGCUGUGAAUCCGUGGAAAACAGACGAUAUGGUCGCUGCGUUUGCUAAAGCGUGCGGGAUGAGCUACUACGAGAAGCAUAACAGAUUUUACAUGAACUACAAGUUCUUAGUGGGAAGAUCCGACUCGACUCCGUGGGGUGAACGCCUUCUGGGCGAUGUCGAGGCGGUUACCGAGAAGCUGGAGGACGCUACGUCCGGAGAAGUAGUGCAAGUUGGCUUUGGGUUCGACUUCCGUGUAAUGCGGUUCGAGUCAGGUUUCGUGUGCCUGGAUGUCGAUGAUCUGGUGAAGAAAUGCUCGAAGACAUCGCGCCGCUUAUUCAUUUUUGACUAUGGCGGUUCCUUGAGUUCGACUGCGAGCAUCUUGGAUGAAGAGGGUGCGCAAUAUUCACACCGUGCCGGGUGUGUCGAGCAGUCUACUCAGAAAUUUGAUGCUAGUGACCGGUCUGGUGCGGAUUGUACUGGUCAGUCUGCCGCUCGAUAUAUUGACGGAAAGGUUCGAAAGCCGAUUUCUGACGAGACUCGCGCUAAUCUGCAGACAUUAUGUGGUGAUCCAUGCAACAUUGUGUUUGUUAUCAGUAAUACCCAGCGAGGGGCACUUGAGGAUCAGUUUGGGUCUAUUCCAAAUUUGAACCUGGUAGCAGAGAACGGGUUGUUUAUCAAGAUUGGGAAUCGAGAGCAGUGGGAGUGUGUAUGCGAUGAGGACAAGCGGAAUUUCGACUGGAAAGAUGAUGUGAAACGUGUGAUGCAAGCGUAUGCGGCGCGGACGAAUGGUUCGUUCCUUGUUGAGAAUGCAGCAUCAUUGUUGUACGACUACCGCAAUAGCGACCAAGAAUAUGGAGAAAUCCAGUCUUUGGAGCUAUGUGCUCAACUCGCCAAGAUCGUCGAGAGAGGAGAUGCAAUCGUGAACCGCGCCAAAGGAUACGUGGAAGUACAUCAGUAUGGGGUCAGCAAAGCUGUAGCAGUCUCGUUGAUUUUGAAGGUUCUGAAGGAUCGGAUUGAUAUACCUGAGUUUGCAUUUAUCGUCGGUGACGAUGAGUCGGACGAGAAAAUGUUUCAAGCUGUCCAAGCUUUUGCUGAAAACGAGCCACAACUGGAGCAUGUCGUUACCUGUACUGUUGGGAAGAAACCGAGUAGCGCCAAGUAUUACGUGGAUAAUAUGUCAGACAUCCUUACCGCUCUCCAUGCCAUUGCAACACGGCUUCGCCUGACACACUCCCGCUCCCGUUUGUUCCAGCAGCCACGCACUUACUGUCGGCAAUUCCUUAAGCAGAAAACGCUCGUGUCGAAGGAGUUCCUACAAUCGCUCAGCAGAGAAAUGCGGUCUUCAUCCAUGCUCUCAAACGGCUCCACGACCAUGACAUCGGGCCAAGACACGGAAGAAAUCUUUUUGCCGAGUGUGUCUGAAGCACCCCCAACGAAUUGGGCUGCACUCGGCGCUGCCGUCGUUGCAGGCUGCAUCGUUGGCGCGCUUGCCGCCUCACAGCGUCAUCGCGUGCUGCAACAGCUUCAACGUCGACAUUUUCCUUAG